GAUAACCUGAUGCACCACAGGUCACUCUGCACAAGUCCCCCAGAGGUGCUCCGCGUCUCGGUCUCCAAUCGCGAACACAGCAGCCCUCCGUGCGCUCUCCCUGUAGCCAGCCAUGUCUUUACUCCUCCUCACAGUUUUGUCCUCACUUCUAGUGCAUGGUGCAGAGGCGUGGGGCAACAAUGUCAAGUACGCGGUGAACUGCCCGGACACAUGCAACGCGGAGCGGUGCGGCGGGACGCAGCGCUGCACACGGACCGUCCUGGAUGACUGCGGCUGUUGUCAGGUGUGUGCGGCCGGCAGAGGGGAGCACUGUUACCGCACCGUGUCUGGGAUGCACGGGGUGAAGUGCGGACCCGGGUUAUUCUGCGAGUUUUACAAGGAUGAGGACGAUUACGGUGAUGAGUACGGCAUCUGCAAAGGUAGGGUGACAUUCAACAUUUUCACGUGCCUGUUUGCUGCAUUUUGAACAGUGAUGCUCUUCUGCACCAAACCCCAUUUAAUUUUUACAGAAUUUUAGACUAUUUUUAAAAUUGUCUUGCAAAUAGCACCAUUGCUAUGAAACUAUUUGUAACAUUUUGCAGCCACAUGUAUAUCUGCGAAUAUGAGUCCAGUGUGCCAGUAAGUAAGAUACUUGAUGUUAAUAUAGCCAAACAUGUAUGCUUCUGCAUCUUUCUGUCUAAACAGCCCCUUUUAUUAUAGAUGACUGAAUAUGGGUUUAUGACAGUGAAAGAUAGAGAGGGCUGUAACAGAUCCACAAUCCCCUUUUCUCUUCCUUUGUCUUAGAAAUAAGUCAGACUUCUCUGAAAUGAUGUUUUUGGCUUCUUUGCAGACUGCUUGUAUGGGACUUGGGGGGUUGAGUGCCGCGAGACCUGCAACUGUAAAGGUGGAAUAUGUGACAGGGAGACAGGAGCGUGUCUCACCCUCAGAUUCUUUGCCAAAAUUGUGGGCAAACUCAAGACUGAGCCUCAAGCAGGUAAUUGUAAGAGCUCUUUGAAUACAGAGGAUUUACUCAAGUAAAUUAAAAAUAUUUCACCAAUAUUUCACCAUUUAUGAAUAUUUUUUAGUCAAAUGUUUAAAAAAAAAAAAACAAAGACUAAAUAAAGUUGUGUGAUUAGUGACAUUAUUUCAAAUCUGUUUGGUUUUUCAGGCGUUGAGAUGGGCUCAGGAGAAGUCAGCGCUUCCCAGAGCACAGAUCAGCACACAGACAGAUCCACAGCUCCCAAGCGGCUCAACCCUCGCUGACAGGCACUGAGAGGACUGAAUCUGUUCAGUGUAAAUGUAGCAUUAACUUAUAAAUGAACUGAAAGAUAUAUUUUAAUAUGUUAAACAAUGAUGUCAAAACAUUUUUACUGCAUUUGGAAGUUUUGUUUGGUUUGUUUGGUCUUUAUGCGACACCACCUUUUUCAGAAAUAUGCAGAAUUACGUUUUUUCCCCUUUGAAUUUUGUUCUGAAUCUGUAUUUUUGUGUUGACCAGAUUCUCUCAUUCUAGUACUUGAGGACACUGUGUUAUAUUUUACUGAUUUAUUGUAGUAAAUUUCCAUGAAUUCUUUCUGUUACUGUAUAAAAGUGGGUAUGUAAAAUAUGCAUAUGACACCAGCUGAUGUAAAGAAUGCUCUUCCAAUUAAACCAAAGCUAUCACUGGGCGUUUUCUCUCAAUUUCUACGUCCUAGUUUAUCUUCAUGAGCAGUGUAUCGUUAGAGUAAUUUUACAACAGUGUGGGGCAAAUUUAGAAAAGUCUUUUCAUUUAUAUUUUGGGCAACAGUUGAAGGUAUCUAACCAAGUCA